AUGAAUAAAGAAGAAGAAGAGUUUAAGUCAAGUCCACUAUUAUCUGAAGAAGAAACAAACAAAGACUAUGAAGAAGGUAGUAAUGAAAAUAGUGAUGAAGAAGAGUUUGAGUAUGAUUGGGAAUUUGCUGGACAAAACAUAAAAUUAACAGGAACAGAAGCUGAGAUUAUGAAACUUAUUGAAGAACGACUUGAAAAAAUAUCAGAAGAAGAAAAGAAAAAGAUAAUAGAAGACAUUAAGAAAGGAAUGAAAGUUGGAAUGAAAAAAGGAUUUAAAAAAGGAUUUCAUAAAGAGUUUCAUGAUAAAAAGAAUAAAAAAAAUCAUUUAAAUAAAAGAGUUAAAAAAGCAAUUAAAGCUGGAGUAAAAGAAGCCACCAAAGAAGGAAUAAAAGAGAGUACAAAAGAAAUUAAGAAAGAUAUAAAAAAAGAAGUUAAAGCUAAUAUAAAAGGAGAAGUCAAAAAACAAAUUGAAAUUAAAAAAGAAGAAGUAAAAGAAAAAAUAAAAGAAACAACAACAAGUGAAACGAAAUAA